AUCAGUGGGUGGGUGGGUGGUUCGCCUCCUCAUCCUCUCCUCCCCGCACGUCCACGGCGAUGGCGCCCGCGCCCCCGCACUGCUGACCCACCCCCGCCGCGCACUCUCAUGACCGUGGUUUGGUAGGUGGGGCGGAGGUUGGUAGGCCGGGACGUGCCGGCAGGCGGUUACGGGAGGCGCGGCCGCGAUCCCGGGCCGGAUCUGGACGCCGCGAUGGAGGACGCCGUUGCCGCUGAGAAUGGGAUCGAGGGGGAGGGCUACGUCGUCGUCAAGGCGGCGGCGGCCGCGGAGGCGGAGGGGGACUCCGGCGCCAGCGAUCGUGGGGAUCUCGCCGCCCCCGCUGAGGACGCGGCGCCGGCCGGAUCUGAGGACGCCCCGGCCCCGGCGGUGACGCCGGACGAGACCGCGGCACCUGCCAAGGCGCCGGCCAAGAAGGGUGGAUCCGGGGACGCCGCCGGGGUCCGGAAGGCGAGGCCGCAGAACGGCAGGGUGCCCGCCGCCGCCGCCGCCGCGCCGAGGGUGAAGAAGCCCGGGGUCCUCUCGCAGAGCGCCUCCUUCCCGGCGCGGGGUGCCGCCGCCAAGAAGGCCUCGGCGGUUGCUACUCCCAAGCAGGCCAAGGGCGUCGUGACCAAUGGAUCAGAGGCGGCAGCAGGCCGGGCAGCCGAGAAGAAGGCGAAUUCAGCGCGGACACCUGUCGCUCGCCGGUCGAUGCCUGUCAAGUCUGGAUCAGCGGAUGCGGCCGCCCCAAAUGACGCAAUUCCCGCUGUCCAAGAGCCACAUGAAAACACCGACAAGCCAUUGAAACAAAUGCAGCCAGGGAAAACAGAGGAUGAUGUGCGCUCUACCACAUCAAGUACCAAUACUCCGCGUGCAGCAGCUCGCAAGAGUGCUGCUGUUGCUGCUGGUUUUAGUUUCAGAUUGGAGGAGCGUGCUGAGAAGAGAAAGGAGUUUUUCCAAAAGCUUGAAGAGAAAAUCCACGCAAAGGAGCUGGAAAAAACAAAUCUGCAGGAGAAAUCUAAGGAGAGCCAAGAGGCUGAGAUCAAACUGCUGAGGAAGAGCCUAACAUUUAAAGCCACACCUAUGCCAAGCUUUUACAAGGAGCAGCCACCCAAAGUUGAGUUGAAAAAGAUUCCCCCAACACGCGCUAGGUCGCCAAAGCUCGGCCGGCACAAGCCAGCCAAUUCUGCCACUGCUGCUUCUGCGGAUGGUUCUGUAUCAUGUGAGAGCCCACGGAGCACUGCAAAUUCGAGCAAGGUAAAUGAAGCGAUGGAAAACAACAAACCUCAUGCCCCUGCUAGAAAACCUGUUCAGAGGCCAGUCGUGAAAGCUCCAUCACAGGCGUCUGCGACCACAAAGGCUGAAGCAAGACCCGUGGUCACAAGGCCAAAGAUCUCAAACUCGAAACCUAAGGCUUCAAGGGCAAAGGUUGCGCGAGCGCAAGAAACCCCAGCUGAAGCCCCUCCUUCAGAACCUGCUGCUCCAGAAGAUUUCACGGUUGAACAUGGCGUUGGAGACGCCACAGGUCCUGAUCUGACCGCGCAAUUGGUUGCUUCGAACGAAGUCCCAGUCCAUGGUUGAUCAGCUGAGCAUUUUGCAUAUUUAUUCCCUUCUUGCAGUUCUGUGAAUAGCGAGGGUGUGUGCUUCAUUGGAAGUUGAAUCGCUCGAAGUGUCAUGGUUUAUCGUUUCCGGAGUAGACAUCCAUUUUGUUUUUCAGCUUGUCAUCGGGCAUGCCAUGUAUAUUGCUUGGUAUUGUGUUCUUGUUUAAAAUUUCCAGUCUUGUGUAUAUUGGAUUUGUUUGUCGCUGGAGAUCCUAGGAUUGUUGCAAUACGCUGAGGCAAAUUGUGGAUUGUUUU